AUGGUGAUGCUUCAGAGUGUUCUCUCGCCCAUCCCCUCAUACUCGAUGACUUGCUUUAAGUUACCCGUAUCGCUUUGCAAAAGAAUUCAAUCUGUUGUCACAAGGUUCUGGUGGGAUAAUAAUGAGAACGCUAAGAAGAUGGCUUGGGUUUCUUGGGAUAAGAUAGCCACACCAAAGUCGUGUGGAGGCUUGGGGAUGAAGGAUUUUCAAAGUUUCAAUGAUGCAAUGCUGGCCAAGAUAGGAUGGAGACUGCUGCAUAAUCCGAACAGUCUACUGGGUAAAAUACUUAAAGGGAAGUAUUUCCCUGAAUGUUCCAUUCUUCAAGCUUCUGAAGCUUCUGUCAUGUCGCAUGGAUGGCGCAGUGUUUUGACUGGCCAAGACCUCUUAUUAAAGAAAAUCGGUUGGGCUAUAGGAGAUGGUCUCUCCAUCAGUGUAUGGCACGAUCCCUGGCUCUCCACAAGUAAACAAGAACGACCUAUGGGACCUCCUACUGAACAGAGUGUCAACCUGCGUGUUGUAGACCUAAUGACCAGACCUAAUGACAGAAGACGGAAAGCAAUGGGACAGCAUGAAACUCCAGCUUUUGCUCCCGGGUUAUGA